AUGAUGUACACCUGGGUGGACGAAGCUCUGAUCUUGUCUGCCAAUUGUGCUCUCUGCUUGAUCAGCGAGAAAAGUCUCUCAACACCAAACGAAAUACCAACACAUGGAAUAGAUGGAGCCUUUUUACCCUUGGAGUUGGUUCCAAGGAACAUACCAACAAGUCCGUCCGUCUUCAGGUGGAGCACUUUGUUCUGUAACUGCCUCGUAAAUGACACCAGUGUAGUAGUCCAGACCACGGGCCAAGGACAUAUCGAAGGAGAUGUAUUUAUCCACUUCAAAUGCCUCAACAUAAUCGGUCAUGGUGGUGAUCUCUUCCACACCCAGCUUGGCAGACUCGUUAGCCAUCAAAACUGGGUCGCUAGACAGUUUCUGCAACACUUCUCUCAAAGAACCACUAAUUUUAACGUAUUCUCCGAUCUUGUCAGCAACCUCCUCUGGUUGUCCCUUCUCCUCACACAUUUCCUUCUUGACAGCUUCCCAUGGGGAUUUGUCCAACUUAUCAACAGCAGAGGAGAUUUUACGCACAUCCUCCUCCUUGACUCCACAAACUUGAAAAAUACCAUCCAAAAUCUUUCUGUGGUUCAACUUAAUCUUGAAGUCUCUGAUUCCCAGUCCGGUCAAACCAGAGACAAGAAUGUUCAUGAUCUCUGCAUCCGGAACCAUGGAAUCGUAGCUUCCGGCAACGUCGAAAUCACAUUGGUAGAACUCUCUCAUUCUUCCCUUGGUCAUGGCAGGUUGAUCUCUUCUAUAAACCUUGGCAAUGUGAUACCGUUUGAUAUUAGCGAUUCCGUUCAUGGCAACAUAUCUGGCAAAUGGAACGGUCAAAUCGUAUCUCAAAGAAGUGAGCUCACCUCCUUGGUCUUCCAGAUUACUAUCCAGAUUACCGGCAGAAGAGCUGGUAAGAACGUUCGCACCCACCCAAGAAUCGAACUGUCUCUCAAUGGUGUCUGGAGACAGAUAGGAGUUUUGGAAUUGUCUAGGAACGAGGAACGAAUCGAUUGGUUCGUUAGGGAACUUGGAUUGGAUAAAGUCCAAAACAAACGGACUCAGGAAAUCACCGCCAUAUUUGGUGAACUGAAUACCUUUAGGAAGCACAGCACCGUUGCUAAUAGGAGUCACACUAACGAUGUCUUCGUCGAUAUCGACAACGAUCGACGAAGAAGUUUGACAUGCCUUGAUUCUGUUUUUCUUGGUGUUCCAGGCAUUUUCAGUAACAACAAGCGGGAUUUCGGUCGCGUUGAGUUUCAAUUGCGAGUAGAUCUGUGUCCAUUGUUGAGAGAUAGCCUCCCAGUCGUACACCAGUCCUUCACUGUACAUGGUGUAGAUGUUAUUUUGAGGGUACGAAUCGAUGUCGUCUCCAAAGACGUAGUUGCCAUUAUCCACCGAAUCCCGCGAAUACACCGUCGGCAUGACCACAGACGGCAUGUCUAG